CAGUCGACCUGCAGCGUAACAAGCGCCGUCGUCUGUUGACACAAGCAUUCAAUCAUUCUUCUCCAAACGCUGCGUUUCGAUCGAUCUCUGAGUUCAAGGUGCUGCUCCAACCUAUCUUCCAAGUUCAAUCAAUCGACUUCUAGGUAGAUCAUUUUGUAUAGAAAAUGAGAGAGUGAUGGUGGUCUAUCGUUUGCUGUGGACUUAUCCAUUCUGAACUUUAGAAAGUUGUUAAUGGUUAUGCCCAGUAUGGAAAUCGAAAAUUCCUCCCAAGCUGAAGAAAUCAAACUCCAAGCUAAUGAAGCAUUUAAGGCACACAAAUAUUCCCAAGCUAUAGAUCUUUAUACUCGAGCGAUUGAACUACAUAGUCAGAAUGCUGUGUACUGGGCAAACCGUGCAUUUGCACACACAAAACUAGAGGAAUAUGGAAGUGCCAUACAAGACGCAUCAAAGGCUAUUGAAGUUGAUCUUAAAUAUUCAAAGGGUUAUUAUAGGCGAGGUGCUGCAUAUCUUGCCAUGGGGAAAUUCAAAGAAGCACUGAAAGACUUCCAGCAGGUCAAGAAAAUCUGUCCAAAUGAUCCUGAUGCUACUAAGAAAUUGAAGGAAUGUGAGAAAGCCGUAAUGAAGCUUAAAUUUGAAGAAGCAAUUGCUGUGCCUAAUUCUGAACGACGUUCGGUAGCUGAUUCUAUUGAUUUUCGUUCUAUAGGGACUGGCCCAGACUCAUCAUCCUUGACCACCCUGGUGACCGCUUUAGCGGCGGCAGCAGUAGCCAUGGUGGUAGUGAUGUUAGUGGUGGGAAUUGCAGCAACCGCAGUUGCAACGACUGUGGUGGCAGUGGUGGUGGUGGUUAUAGGGGCUUGUUGGUGGGGUGGCUGCACUAGUGGUGUCUUUUCCAAAAGUCAUACAGUUAACCUAGAUGUGGAGCCACAGUAUUCUGGUGCAAGGAUAGAGGGAGAUGUUGUGACGUUGGAUUUUGUGAAAAGAAUGUUGGAUGACUUCAAGAAUCAGAAGUGCUUACACAAGCGAUAUGCAUUCCAGAUUGUCCUUCAAACAAGAGAAAUGCUGCGAGCCCUGCCUUCUCUUGUCGAUAUAAAUGUUCCAAACAACAGCCAUUUCACUGUUUGUGGUGACGUCCAUGGUCAGUUCUAUGAUCUAUUAAAUAUUUUUGACCUCAAUGGACUUCCCUCAGAAGAGAACCCCUAUCUAUUUAAUGGUGAUUUUGUGGAUAGAGGAUCCUUUUCUUUAGAGGUCAUCCUCACACUGUUUGCAUUUAAGUGCAUGUCUCCAUCAGCUAUAUAUCUCUCUAGAGGAAAUCACGAGAGCAAGAGCAUGAACAAGAUAUAUGGUUUUGAAGGGGAGGUCAGAUCCAAGUUGAGUGAAACAUUUGUGGAACUCUUUGCCGAAGUGUUCUGUUGUUUACCUUUGGCUCAUGUAAUAAACGAAAAGAUCUUUGUAGUUCAUGGAGGUCUAUUCAGUGUUGAUGGAGUGAAGCUCUCUGACAUUAGAGCAAUUGACCGGUUUUGUGAGCCUCCUGAGGAAGGAUUGAUGUGUGAACUGCUGUGGAGUGAUCCCCAACCUUACCCUGGAAGAGGCCCUAGCAAGCGGGGUGUAGGUCUUUCCUUUGGUGUAGAUGUGACAAAAAGAUUCUUGCAAGAAAACAAUCUAGAUUUAGUUGUGCGAUCUCAUGAAGUAAAGGAUGAAGGCUAUGAGAUUGAACAUGAUGGCAAGCUUAUUACUGUGUUUUCUGCUCCAAACUAUUGUGAUCAGAUGGGCAACAAGGGUGCUUUUAUUCGUUUUGAAGCCCCAGAUCUGAAGCCAAACAUUGUCACAUUUUCAGCAGUGCCACACCCUGAUGUGAAGCCAAUGGCGUAUGCCAAUAACUUUCUCCGGAUGUUCUCUUGAUUGGUGUACCGCCAGUUGUAUGUCAAUUUUUUCUAUACAAUAUUACUUACUAGCCUCACUGCUGAAGUGCAAAGUUGUUGCAGAAGGCUGGAGAAGAGCUGAUCUUGUUGGCAAAAAGCACUUUUUUUUUUUCUGUCAUGACAUUUUUUAGAAAUACAUUUUUUACCAAAAAAAAAAAAAAAAAAAAAAACUCUGAAUAAUACUUUUAUCUAUCUCCAAGCUUUCUUGUUUGGACCAGAAAGUCAGGUCUUGCUGAAAGACUUAUGGCAUACACAUGUAAAAUUUAUGGUCCUAUUCUCUCUGUAUUUGUUAGUUUUGUUUGGCGUCUACUUUCAAUAGAUAGCCUUUGCUUUUUCUC